AUGGACAUCCCCGUCCUCGACUUCGCAGACUUCGCACACGGCAGCCAGGCGCAGCAAGAUGCUUUCUGCCAGAAAUUACACGCCUCAUUGUCGACGUUGGGGUUUGUCAAGAUCCGCAACCAUAGUAUCCCUGAUGAGACGCUCGACGAGGUUUUUGAGUGGGUGAGUCGUCCAUUCCAACCGUUACAGGACAAUAUGUUCAUGGCGCAGAGCAAGAAAUUCUUCGACCUGCCACUCGAAGACAAACUCCAAGCCGCGCACCCCGUGCAAGCGAACCCGCACCGAGGCUGGAGCUGCGUUGGCCAGGAGAAGCUCUCGGUUAUCCGACAGGGCAAGGCUGUUUUUGACCUCAAGGAAUCCUUCGACCAAGGCCCGCAAUGCGACCCGCUCUACCCAAACAUCUUCCCACCGCCAACAACCCUCCCGCACUUCCGCCCCUUCAUGGAACGCUUCUACGAGUCGUGCCAAACCCUCCACCUACACCUCCUAACCGCAAUCGCCCUCUCCUUCUCCCUCCCGCCCACCUUCUUCACAGCGCGCUGCAGCCGGAAUAGCUCCGAGCUCCGGCUCAACCACUACCCGCCCGCGACGUGCGCGGCGGACCUCAGCGCCCUCGCGGACGGGAGCAUGAUGCGCAUCUCGUCACAUACGGAUUUCGGGACAGUCACGUUGCUGUUUCAGGAUGGGGUUGGGGGGCUCGAGGUGGAGGAUCAGGAUCGGAGCGGGGUUUAUAUUCCGGUUUUGCCGACGGUGCGUUCGGGUUCUGGUGAUGGUAAUGGAGGGGGUAAGAGGGGGAGAGUAGGGAGGGAGCUCAUUGUGAAUGUUGGGGACUGUCUGCAGCGGUGGACGAAUGAUCGGCUCAGGUCGGCGAAUCACCGCGUGACGCUGCCUGUUGGGAUGAAGAUGAAGGGGGGUUCUUGUGCUGGGUCUGGGUCCGGGUCUGGGUCUGGUGGUGCUGCAGGUGGGAGCAGCAACGGCGGGACUUUUCACACGCACGAGGUGCCGCGUCGCUACUCGGUGGCGUACUUUGGCAAGCCGGACCGGGAGGCGCUGGUGGGGGCGAUACCGGAGCUGGUGCGGGACGGGGAGCAGGUCAAGUACGGUGGGACGAUGACCGCGUGGGAGUAUAACCAGUCGAGAUUGCUGCAGACAUAUUAG